AUGGAGGCCCCAGGGCCUGGGGGCGACCGCGCCUCCCCAGCCUCGUCCACCCGCAGCCUGGACCUGCGGCGGCUGUCCGCGCGCGCCGACUCGGCCUACAGCUCCUUCUCCGCGGCCUCCGUUGCCCCCGAGCCGCGCACGCCGUCGCCUGGGACCGACCUCCUCCCUUACCUAGACUGGGACUACGUGCGCGUGGUGUGGGGUGGCCCGGGCCCCGCCGGCAGCCUUCGCACCUCGGCGCAGCCCCGGCCCGCGGCCGCCGCGCGCAGUGGGCCGCGGCCGCCCGAGGUCCAGGGCACGCCGGGGCCGCUCAGCCGGCAGGCCACCCCGCUGCUCUUUGCGCUGGCGGCCGAGGCGGAGGCGGCGGCGGCGGCGGCGGCGGCGCGGCUCGUGGAGCCGCCCAGCCCACCGGCCUCGCGGGCCGCCUACCGCCAGCGGCUGCAGGGCGCCCAGCGGCGAGUGCUCCGGGAGACGUCCUUCCAGCGCAAGGAGCUCCGCAUGAGCCUGCCCGCCCGCCUGCGGCCCGCGGCCCCCGCGCGGCCCCCCGCGGCGCACCCGCGCUCCGCCUCGCUCAGCCACCCGGCGGGCGGGGGCGGGGAGGUGGAGCCCGCGCGCCCCGGGGCCACCGCCGCCAGGGCAAACGUGGGCCGGGGGCGCCUCGCCACCCAGCAGCGGAAGUGGUGCUUCUCGGAGCCGGGGAAGCUAGAUCGCGUGGGGCGGGGCGGUGGGGCGGCAGGGGAACGCUCCAGUGAGGCCGCCUGCAGUUCGGGCAUCGCCAGGCCCGGGACCCAGGAGCGGAGGGUGCUGGCGGAAUUCCAAGGCCACCAGACCAGAUGGCUGCCUGAGUCGCCGCCCCGAGGCACAGAGGACCCAGAACCGGGGUCCGCGAAGCUUGGUGACGCCUAUAGGCCCUCCGGUCGGAGUCAGAGCGCGUCAGGGGAAGUCUUGGCUCCCUGGGGAGGUCCAGGAGGGGUCAUGCCCAUUGUCCAGGCUGUUCCCCAAGGAGCAGAAACCCCCACCCAACUUGCCAGGUUCCUGACUCAGAAGGAAGCUGCAGUGGUGUUUUCUGCAGUGUAUCCCCAAAGUAGUCCUGCUGACUGUGAACAGAGGGCCUCAGAGACAUGCAUUGGGUGUACCCGGCUCCCAUCCCUUCCAGAUGAUGAGGUUUUCCUGGAAGAAGUCCCCCUGGCCAAAAUGAGAUCCCCUCUAGACACCCAUACCUGCCCAGAAAGCCCAACCAGUAUCCAUGUCUCUGACCAGCGGUAUGGAACUGGCUCAGGCCAGAGGGCUGACCAGGCUACAGUCCCCCCAGAGCAUCCCCUCCAUGAACACCCAGAGACUGCAAGGGCAGAUGACUGCCACCAGAGGAUACAUGGUUCUGUGGGUGUCUCUGGGACCAUAUACUCUAGGCCCUCUGGGACUGCAAAUGGUGACAUAGCAACCUUUCACACCAAUGGACUGCUGACCAUUGACUCACUUGCAGCUACAGAGAGUGACCCGCUCAAACCUCUCCCAGUUGAUGUCCUGGGACCUCCAAGCAACAAUACCCCAGGUGCUCCUGGCUGUACUGCCGAGGCUUUGGCCACUGGCCAGCCUGGUUCUAGGCCAACAUGGCCCAGUCCUCGCCUUGAGGAGCUGGUUCAGGAGCUGGCCAGACUGGAUCCCUCUAUGAGUGACACUCUCACUUCCUGUCCCAGCCCAGAGCCACCCCUGGACCUGCUAGAUGGGCUGAUUCCUUUAGCCGAGGUCUGGGCUGCAAUGAGGCCAGCCUGUAAGGAGGCUGGGAAAGAGGCUGCUGGUAGUCCUGAGCCAAGCUCCAGCCAGCUCCUGCCAACUUCUCAGGGGGAGACAAGGUUUGAAAACCAGACCACCCGCUCUGUGCCUGACCAGGCCUGUGGUGAGCAUCUCCCUGAUCCAAAUAGCAGCAUCCAAGCCAAGAAGAUGGAGCUAGCCGACCUCCUCCAAACGAUGCUGCGGAACCUUCGGGCCGAGCAGGAGCAGCUGCACCAGGCGGCCCAGGCUUGGGCCAGGCGCGGGGCUGCUCUGGAGGCCGCGGUGGGGCAGGCCUGCGCUCCCCGUGACCUAGAGCGGUUCAGCAGGUUCAUGGCCGACAUAGAGCGUGUGCUUGGCCUGCUGCUGCUGCUGGGCAGUCGCCUGGCCCGCGUGCGGCGCGCCCUGGCCCGGGCGGGUGCAGACAGCGACCCAGACGAGCAGGCCUCUCUGCUGCAGCGCCUGGGGCUCCUUCAGCGGCAGCAGGAAGAUGCCAAGGAGCUGAAGGAGCACGUGGCGCGGCGCGAACGGGCCCUGCGUGAGGCGCUGGUGCAGGCCUUGCCCCCCGAGGAGCUGAGCGCCUAUCACUCCCUGCUGGUCGGCAAGGCGGCCGUCCUGGCCCAGCAGCGCAGCCUGGAUGAGCGGGUCCGUCUCCUUCAGGACCAGCUCGACGCAGUCAGGAGCGACCUUGGCCCUCAUCCCCUGCCUCCCAGGCUGGCCUGGCCCCCAGAGGCCUGUCUUCCUGAUAAACCGCCCUUCCUGCCACCCUUCAUCUAAUGACAGGCAGUGGGAGUGGGGAGCAGUGCCCCUGCCCCUCACCCACCUAACUGGGGGUGACGCUGGUGCUUUCCCUUUGCGAGGCGGAGGAAUGGGGAUGGGGCAGGGCCAGUGUGGAAGACCCAGGCCAGGGCUUCCUAGGACACUUCUAAGUGUUUUCAUGUGGUUUUACCCAUUUCUUGUGGAUUAUUUGGUGAUUAAUUUAUGAAUUUUAAAACUACAGUAUUCCCCCUUUUUGUGAGGAGAGAGGCUCUGUCUGGGUUGAUCGGAGGGAGGAGGAGACAAAUUAGAGGAGCAUCUGAACUUACUAUGCAAAACAGUUUUUUCUUUUCUAUCUUACUAAUAAUAGAUGUGGGAAGUAUGUGUGUCACCUGGAGCCUAGCUUGGGGAAGGAAUCUUGUUUACAGACAAUGGACACCAACCUUGCCUGACUAGAGCAGAAGAGGGAUUUGCUGGCGGACAUCAGUCAGGUCUGAGAAUCCUUAGGAAGACUGGGAUACAGGCUUGAAACCAGGAGGGACCAAGAGGAUGCCAGGCCUUCCAGCUCCACUGCCACCAGGAAUCCCUAGCACUUCUGGUGAUCACAUCACUAUCACAAAAGCCUAGGCCUGAUUGGCCGACUCCUGCUCCUUUGCUGGUUUUUACCCAAGCCUCCAAGCUCAAUAGCAGAAGUGAGGGUAACUGCUUUCCUUCAAGACUUAAGGGAUAGGGAAUAUCCCCAUACACAAAAUAGAUUCAGUAGCUUCACUGCCUAAAAACCUUGACGAAUUCAGGGACAUUUAUUCCAAGACUCAGAAGGAACUUUGUCUUACAAUUAUCUUAUCAAAAGUGAGUUUAUCCAGCUCUCUUUGGAAACCCCACUGGAUCCACCAGGCUUGAGGAGGGCUGUUGGGCAUGGGAGCUGAAGGUGAGCCGUGAGAGACCUGGAGAUCUAGAAUGUGGGGGCUGAGGUGUGGAGAGACCGCUCUGUUUGUGGGCCGAACAGGCUAAGCUGGGGGUGAGCUGGGGUUGGGAGUGGAGAGUUAGGUGCUGGUGUGGAAUGAAACAGAGGCCACACACUCCCUUCAGUUUGUGCAUCAGGCCUGUGUACACAGAGUCAAUGUGAAGUUCUCAAAUAUACAUGGGAAAAUGUGCUUUAGUAUUUGCAGCUGCAAAGGCCAGGGCCAAGAACAUUGUUCAUGCAAAUGUUCAGUGUAUUUUUGGAAGUUGGGCACAUUAAAAGGCAUGUGUAUGUGUAUUUAAAGCCAACUGACCCCAAAGUGAGAAAUCUCUGCUUCUGGGCUUGUUUUCUGAUGCGUAUUGUCACUCAGUGCAACUGGUUGGGAAUUUUAAAUGGUUGUAUUCAUACCAAAAGCAUUAGUUCCAACAGUCGAACUAUUGAGCACAGAACAAUGCUAACAUUGUGCCUUUUUAUAAAAAACAUAUGGGACUCCUGCUGAGGCAGUUGCGGGUUCUAACAUUAUGCUUUUGCUUUUCUCCUUUGAAUGCUGUGGGCGGGGCCUCCACUCCAAAGUCCUCAGCCUAGCAGGGCAGUUCUCUUUGAGAUAGUCCGGAUGGAAUAAACUUAUUUCUGCCUUUUGCCCUGUACAGCCUCCCCCGCCACACUCGUUCUCCCAGUGUGAUAUUCUUGGAAAAACAACAGUCAUCAGUUAGGCCAAUAGAAAUUGUGUGCUGUUAGGACAAAGCACUUCCAGCCUUGGAUGGGCUUGAGGAGCACUGUCUGCUGUGGUCCUGCUAAACUGCACUUUGGUUCUGUGCUGGGUUUUUCCAUGGGGGAAUUAUGAGGUUCCUGUGCUUGUCCUUAUCAGAUGGGGAGAGUAGGGCCACACCUCCUGCACCCACCCUUUCAUCUUGCCUCUGUGUUCUUCCUGCCCCAUUUAAUGUCCUUUCCACACCAUUAUAACGUCAGAGUGCAAGAAUGAGCACCACAGGUGUUCAGUAUUGAUGCCAUAGACUAAGAUUUUUUUUUUUUUUUUAAGUAUUAGAGCACUGAGAGAGCGCAUGGGAAGGGGCAGAGGAAGAGGGAGAAGCAGACUCCCCACUGAGCGGGUAGCCCCGUAAGGGGCUCUAUUUCAGGACCCUGAGAUCAUGACCUGACCUGAAGGCGACCUUAACCCACUGAACCACCCAGGCGGCUCCAGACUCAGACUUGGUGGUGCUAUGUGGGCAGGUGCCAGAAGCCCGGUGAAUUCCACCCUCCAGGACGCUCCCAGCAGAGGGCACUGUUCUCCUUGUGAUGAAGGCUCCUACCCUUCACCGUAGCCUCCUCCCCAGCCCAGUAGGCCCUCUGGGCUAACCCCAGGGGCUUUGCUUUCCCUGCAGAGCAGUGCUAGUUAGGCCUGAAGACUCGAUGUGAGCCUUUUUGCUUCUGUUGGAAACAAAUUCUGUCCAGCCAGCCACGGCGAGGCUGGCUUGCCUUCCUUUGCCACCAGGCCUUCGUUGGAAAGUUGUUGGUUAAUGAAAAGUGGGGGAGGAGGGAAGCCGGGGGCGAUGAUCUGGAGUAUCAGUAUCAAAAAGAGCCUUACUUAGUCUCCCAGGGUGGAAAAGAGGGUUUCAUGGGUCUCUGUUGGGGUUUCUGCCUCCACCUCCUCAAAGCCACAGGUGCCCCCGCCUGUUGAUUCCGCCCCCAUCCCCGCUGCCCGCCGCGCGGCCCUCCGGGUUUUUGCGGAGGGGAGGCUGUGGCUGGCGCUGUUGCUAGGCAACGGGCGGCCGCGUGGCCGCCUCCCGCGCUCGCCGCGCCCCGCCCCCGCUGCUCCUCCUAAUAUGGAUUUAAUUAGGGUACUUUUUACCUUCAGACUGUCAAUUGGAAACCGAACAGGGAAGCAGCGUUCGACGGCGCCCGCUCUGUCUGGAACAGCGCGUUCCGCGCACCACGCACCUGCCGGAGCGGCUGCUGUAAACCUCAGGGAUCCUCGCGGGAGCGAAACGCGCUGCUGUUCGUUCACGUGUGAAUCGGGAGCCUGGGUGGCAAUGUGGGUCACGUGUGCUCGAGCGCCGCCGGGAGACGAGGUGAAAGGGGAGCGUGGGGGCAG